GCCUUGCUUUGUAGAGGGACUGCAACUCCCAGCAUGCUGAGGCAGGAAUCCUUGAACUUCACUCUGUAAUUAGACUACAUUUCCCAGAAAUCCGAGCUGACAAAGAAAAUUUGAGUCUUCCACUUGUUAGGUGAUUUCUCACAGCCUCCAACCAUGCGUCUCUCUGUUGUGCUGGCCCUGGCAUCCAAGGUUACGCUACCCCCUCACUACCGAUAUGGGAUGAAUCGUCCAGGCUCCCUGGCAGACAAGAGGAAGAACCCUCCGUGGAGGCGGCGGCGUCCAGUGCCUGUGGAACCCAUUGCUGAUGAGGACUGGCAUCUGUUCUGUGGGGAUACAGUGGAAGUCUUAAAAGGCAAAGAUGCUGGGAAACAGGGCAGAGUGAUACAAGUAAUCCGGCAGCGAAACUGGGUGGUUCUGGAGGGACUAAACACACAUUACCGCUACAUUGGCAAGACUCUGGAUCAUCCAGGAACCAUGAUCCCUAGUGAAGCACCAUUGCUCCACAAUGAGGUCAAGCUAGUAGAUCCCAUGGACAGGAAACCUACCGAGAUCGAGUGGAGAUUUACUGAGGCAGGAGAGAGAGUUCGAGUCUCUACAAGAUCAGGAAGAAUUAUCCCCAAACCUGACUUUCCCAGAUCUGAUGGCAUUGUCCCUGAAACCUGGAUUGAUGGCCCCAAGGACACAUCGGUAGAAGAUGCUCUAGAAAGAACUUACAUUCCUCGUCUAAAGACACUAGAGGAGGAGGUGAUGGAAGCAAUGGGGAUCCAGGAAACUCGAAGAUAUAAGAAAGUCUAUUGGUAUUGAGCCAAGAAGAGCAGCUCUCUUCUGCUAUCUUUAUUUUGAAGGCUAAGGCAAUUCUUCCUCAGAUACCAAUAAAGAGACCUGAGCCCCA